ACAAAACUGUAAAUCACAUAAUCAGCCAAGGGAACAUGAGUAACUCUGAACAUGAUGCUAACACCAGCAUGCGUCAUAGCCUUGAUGUUAGUGAGAAUACUUUUGGUAGUGAAAAUUCAGCAGGACUGGAUUUAAAAGUUUUCAGUGCUCAUGUAUGGAAGCGUUUCAGGGGCGGAGCUUUAUGUGAGAUCAAUCUGUGAUGUCAAAACACUACAGCAUCAACAGCUUUGGGCUAAUCACAUGCACCUGGAUACAUUAGCCAGAGAAAUGAUACGAUAAAGCUAAUCAGCUUGCUAACUUGCUAACGUGUUAGUUUUAGCAAUGAAGAGAUAAUGAAGAGAUUCUGAAGGGAUAGAAGUUAUUAUGCUGUUGUUGAAAUAUUCAGACUCUCAGAUUCUAGCCAACGCAAAUAAUUAAUUUAGAUAAAAUGAACAUAUUCAUAGAUUCUGUUUUUAUUUCUAAUGAAGGUGUUGUGAUGUUCCUCAGUCACUUUCUGGACAAUUUAUUAACAGUAAAAGGUUAAAAAAGUUUGUUUGUUUUUCUUUUUGUUUAUCCAGCUGAGUGUCGAUGAAACACGUGAACUCUCUCAGGAGCUGGAGAGCGUGAUGUGACGGAGAGCGAGAGCUAUAAACAGCAGCAGUUCCUCAUCAGUAGGAUGCAGUAAAGAACAGGAGGAACAUGAGGAGCUUCCUGAUCCACACUCUGUUCCUGCUGCUGCUCUCCUGCAAAUCCUGCCACCUUCACCAGGACACUUUAGGACGAGAGGUGAGACGGUAUAAUAAUAUGGAUGACGACAGCUUCAUUGGCCUCAUGGGUAAAAGGAGCUUCGGUCUGACUGCAGAGCUGCCACUGAAACGAGACAUGAGCGACGUGUUUGUCGGUCUGUUCGGCCGCAGAAACGCAGACUCGGAGCUCACCGAGUGGAAUCGAGAGAUAAGAGGCUUCAAAAAGAAGCCAAGACUGAUAUUUAAGGGUUUCAGCUGAAGCUCCGUCUCGUCGAGGUCGAUGACGACGUGGAACCCGAGAGCGAUGGUCCUGAUCUUGCUGUCUGCUGAUUAUGUCUCGUUUUUUUUUUUGUGUGAAGAUUAAAGCUGGAUGUUCUGGAGGAAGUGGAGUUUAUUUUCAUGUCAUUUUUUUCUUAGCAAAUAUCUUCUCUUUUUAUUUGUAAUCGAUUUUUUAUGUCAUGCAAUUAAGAAAUAUCAACAUUAUAAGGCCAUAAAGUCACUGCAUCAUUUCACACCUCUAUAGGAUUAGGAAAGAUCCUUCACCAAAGGUCCAGUUCAAAAAUAUUCAUUCAUUCAUCUCCUACCGCUUAUCCGAACUUCUCGGGUCACGGGGAG